UAAUGAGGGUGGGGAAGGUUGGUUCUGCUGAGCGAAAUAAUUACAUCACCAGCACAGAAAGAAGUAUUAGUGUGACAGUGUGUUAUCACUUUGUCAUGUUAAAUAUUACUACUACAGCGAUCUCCUUAUGAAAACACAAAGCAUUAGUAUACGAUAACUGUGAUACUAAUUAGAAUUCAGGGAUUUCACAGUUUUUCAGGUGACAGUUUGCUCUAUAAGAGACUGUCACGAUAAUUAUUGUAUAAAUAUUCUGGUGGGCGCCCCCCCCCCCCCCUUCACGUUGAAAAGAGGCAUAUACUAAUUAGAAUUCAGGGAUUUCACAGUUUUUCAGGUGACAGUUUGAUCUAUAAGAGACUGUCACGAUAAUUAUUGUAUAAAUAUUCUGGUGGGCGCCCCCCCCCCCCUUUACGUUGACAAGGUGCAGCUGGAGGAGGGGGUAUGAAUAUUUUUAAACUUUUACAUUUUUAUUUUGCGUAUUGGGUAUGUUGUAUAUGGAUAUCCCAUUGUCUUCUAUUUCUACCGAUAAACAUCAGAUUCAACAAAAGAAAAAGAAAGUUUAUCGGCAGAUAUUCUUGCUUAAAUAUCAGACAAAAUUUACUGAGUUGCGUUUUUCAUCGAAGGGUCUAUCAUACGGGCACUGCACAAUCUGCAAGUUGGACUUUUCAUUAGCAAUCAGAGGCAAAAGGAGUGGUGUUGGCUUAGAAGAUUGUGUGUAUAGUGUGGUUCUAAAGACGAUUUUGGCGCCUGUUGCUCUCUGCCACAUUCUCAUGGCCCUGCCCGAGAGCAAUGAGCACCCAGGAUGAUGCGGCUUAUAUUCUGGGAACCACUGGGCUGGCCGAAUCACCAGUGGUGAAAACCUGUGUCGCAUCAUAAUAUAUAGGGGAUUUUGUUAAUUUAAAAAAAAAUUUGAGGGGUGGAGGGGCGAAGGAUGUCCGAAAGCUCAUUGUAACGUAUGCAAAAGGGAAGGGGGGGGUUCGUAAAAAAAAGUAUGCAUCCAACAAACAGGGUAGGGGUUAGAUAAUUUGACUUUUUCGCUUACUGGUAUGUGCUAUAUAGAUGGCCCCUGCUCGCGUUUGUUUGCUUUGUGUGACCUAAUUUUAUGACAUAAUUAUUUCUUACGCUGACCGCAGAGGGUACAGAAACAUAGAAAAAUUAGAGAAUACAUUCUCAACUGUUAACGUGCAGCAAUAUUAGUAUUAGAUUUUGACAUAUUUCAUAGAACCUGAAAGAGUCUUUGAAAUUUAUAAAAGGCACAAAACAACCACGAUUGUUAAUACCCUUUCACCCAUUUACUGCUUGUGGUCAUAAUCAGACAGUAAUUUGUUAACAGGAAAUAGGCAUAAUAGAUAUUUAUUUAUUUUAUUUUUUAAACUGGUUUUCCUGAAGAAUAAUUCUCAAGUUACUUGGUAGGUUGUUUUUUUAAUGACGCCCCAAUUUUUUACCGGGUAAAUAAUUUUUAUUUUAAUACAUUUUAUUUUAUGCUUAUCUGACUUUUGAGUUUGAACUACCAGUAACAGACUGGGAUAAUAUGACAUGCACCUUCACCAAAAUAUUAAUUGCUAUCUAUAGCAACAAUAUGUCUUCAAAACAAAGUGACCGCAGUUUUCAGUUAACGUCAGUCAUCUACUUUUUACCUUCAGUUCCAUUUGUUUUACGCCAGCUGAAUAGGCUAUACGAAGUAGUUAUUGUGUACAUUUUAUGUACUGUAUUUUUAUUUAUUUAAUAUUAAGAUACUGUAUUGUACGAUUUUGAAUGAUAUUUUACGAUUUUAGGAGUUUGAGGGUAAACAGUAAACAGUUCUGCUAUUUAUUUUUCCUUUACCUCAAGUUUUUAUCAUAUUAAAAAUUAUUAGGAACGAAGGUCAAGUCAUGAUCACAAGUCAGAAGAUGAGCGAGGAAAGGAGGAAAAAAAGAAGACACAUAAUGAAGAAGAAAAAAGGCGGAAGGAAGAAGACAAAGCCAAGAAACUUGAAAAGGAGAAGAAAAUGUAAUUAAUUUCCUCCUACUUUUAUUUAUAAAGUGUUAUCUGAUUAGUUAUAUCAGAUGAAUGUAAAAGAAUGUAUAUGAAUAAGGAUGGAUACUUAAAAUUUUAGACAAAGGCUUUUUAUUUGAAAUGCUAGUGGGCACACCAAAUAAUUGCACUAAUCAUUUCCUAAAAGAAAAACUUCAGAUUUAUUCAACAAAUUAAGUUUACUCCAUGUUUCUCCUUUCAAGAUUAAAUCUGUUUUUUAUAUUUUAUUCGUAGGUCAUAUAACUCAAAACAUAUAUCAGGCAAAACUACAAAUCCUAUGAUUUUAUCAUAAUUUUAUUUAAUAAAAAUCAAAUAAUGAAAUGAAUUUUGUUUAACAUUUCCAGUCAGCAAGAGAAGGAGCGCAAGAAACAGGAAAAAUUAGAACAGAAGAAGAGAGAGAAAAAGGAGCAAAUUUCUUGUAAGCUAUUGCUGGGUAGAGAAUUAUGUUAUACUAAAUUUCAUACACUCUUCACUCUGUAUGUUAAAUAAAUAUUUUAAUCAUACCAUUUAGUUUAAAUAUAAUUAAAUAAUUGUCUGCAUAUUUAUUAAUUAGUUUUUGUUUUUUAGUUAUUGAUAGACUUCCAACAGAAUCAACUUUAAAUUUUAAAAGGUUACUAAGUUAUAAAAAGUCUCAUUUAAAAGAGUGGAUAUUUUUUUAGUGGUAUUACUCAUCAAAGAUAAUUAAAUGUUGCAGUUACCUUGGCUGAGAACACACUAAUACAGAUGGACACUGAGAUCAAGAAGGCCCUAAAUAUUGAAAGCUUGGUAAGCUGGAUUCAAUUCAUAUGGCUCUCGAGAGGAAAAAAAAUUGGCCUUGCUAAUGUGUCAUUGUGUAACAGCUAUAAGGGACUGUCCUUUUAAUUUGAAAAAUAUAAUUCUUAUGGCUACUUGCACCUUUAUUUGUGUGCUGAUCAUUUAUGGAGGACACUACCACAUCCCAAGUGUAAAUCUAUAAAUAAGCUUUAAAUGUGCUUUAGGUUGCAGAGUCCCCACGCAGUCGGUUGGGUUAACGGGAUAUAGUUACAAAUUCAUUGAACAAUUUUCCCGGCCAUGAAAACCAGGAAAAUUGGCAUUCUAGUAAGGAAAUUUUCCUGAUAGUCUGGAAUUUUUUAAUUUUUAAAAAAUAACAAUAGAUUUGGCAUUGCAUUCCAUGAAAAUUGAUGUUAAUGGGCGUCUAUUUUUCGCCUUGCUGUUAUCAAAAAGACGUUGCAAAAAAGCUAGUGGUUUCCCCUUAACUGCGCAUAAUGUGUUUUGAGCGCUACACGUUUCAAAUACCGUACUACUUCGAUAGACCAGAAAUAUUUAUUUUCUGUUCACUUUGCCGAUCAAGAGAUGUUCGACUGUUUGGGUAAGUAAAGUGUAAAAUAUAGUAAACAAUUAUUUAAAUCUAGUUUUCAAUUGUGAGGUAACCAUUAUAAAUAGAAAACUACUUGUUUAAGCACUGUCUAAAAUGACUAAGCUUAGCCUACUUUGUUGUCUUAGUAUUAAUAAGUUGACUUUUAACGGUUUUACCGUAAAUACUGUAAUGUAUGCGACAUGUAUUUUAUGUAUUUAAUGUAUUUUUAUUAGAACGAGGCUACCUUUAAAUUUGUUAAAGACUUUAAAGUUCCCUUUACAUUCAAUUAUGAAGUUAUUAAAACUACUGGUGGUAGUUCAUUUGCGUGCACCUAACAUAACUGUAUAUAAUAUUGUUAGUCUUUAUUUAUAGGUAUGCACUCAUGUACUUGGGUAUACUUUACUGUAUUAUACUAUUAUUUAUAAGAACAAUUACAAUAUAAUUAUUCGCCCCGUAGGCAAGGGUGUUGUUGUUUUUUUGUGGGGGGACCUUUAGAGACCCCAAGCCAAAAAAAGGGAGGGGGGGGGGGGGGGGGGGGGUUGGUCGAUGAUGCAUUCCCCAGCGGAAAAUCCUGACUGCCGUUUCAUAUGCAUAUGCCUAUCUUAGUAUCUCUUCUAACUCUAUAUUACUGUAGUUUAGUGCAGUUAUAAUACAGUCUAUAUGAUGUAUACCUUACAGCAAAUUAUAAACAUAAUAAUAUGAUAAUAUAUUUUAUUUUGUUUCACUAUUAAGGAUCUAGGCUCAAUAAAAUCAGGCCCAACAGUUCCUUUAAAGACUGAUGGUUAGGACAGCUGUCAUGAUAAUGUUUGAACAAGUCAUCACUGCCUCACUAUGCUGGAAAUAUUGAUAUCAAGUAUUCAGGGUGAAAAUAUUUUAAAAUGGCAGUCAUCUGAUGAGACUUCAGCUUUAUCACCUAUCUUAGGUGUCCACUUCUGCAACUUCUCAGCCAAGCUCCCAAUUUAUGUGUCAAAAUAUGAAACCUUCAUUGGAGAGAUUUUAUAGACACUAAAGUGUCUUGACUCACACUAUCCAUUUUCAUCACAAAGAAGAGAACAUUAACUCCGUAUAAGAAACAAUGCUUUCCAAUUGUGUUCUAAAAUGCCCAGGAGAACACACUGCAAAAGUUGCCCUUGCACUUUAAAUCAACAAUUUUUCAAGUCUAAGUAAAUUGAAAAAUUGCAAUUGCUAGGAAAUUGAAUAAAUAUUUACAUGUAUACACCUUAAUUGCUUAAUUUUUUGUUCAUUUGUGUUGUAUUUCUAUGUUGCUUUACUUUGACAAUUCUUGUUUUUUUAUAUAUUAUCAACAAAAUUGCCGCAUUGCGAUAGUCAGGAAUUUUUGUGUUUUUAGUUAAGAAAAGUUUUGAAAAAGUAGGGAAUUUUGUUUUUAAGAGAGUGGCGACCUUAAGGUUGGCUAUUUAUUUUUUGUAUUUAGCAACAAAACAAUAUUUUUUAAAUGUCUCAUUACCUUAUUUUCAUUCCAGAUAAUUGUCCAGUGUUUAUAUGUAUUCAUUUUUAAAAUAGAAAACAGAAGAGGAAAAAAAACCUUUAUAUUGUCAUAAUUUGUUUAAAACUUUUAUGUACUGGGCAUUAGGUCAUGAAAAGUUUUAAUUCUUCUGUUUACCAGGACAUUGAUAAAUGUGUGGCUAUUCUUGAGGACUUGGCAAAAAUUUCUGUUAAUCCACUCCUCUUGAGGAAAUAUCCAGCUAUUAUGACUACCAUUAAAAAGUGCAGAAAGUUUAAAAAGAGUGAUGCUAUUCAACAAAAGGCAGAAGUCAUCUAUCACAAGUUUAAAUCAUUUUUCUUAGCAGAGGAUGCUGGGAAGGUAUGUACUGGAUAAAUCAAAAUAUUUUAUUUUUUGCUUCGCUCAUGUAAGAUCCGUAUUGAUUUGUAAAUAACUUUUUGAACUAGAUAAUUUUUAUUUUAUGAACAUUUCAUUAUGGCUACUAGUUUACUCUUACGAUUUUGGGAUUUCUUUUACGAUUGUACGCCAAGACCCAUCAGAACUCCUACAAAGUUCAUCCAGAAACUCUGAAAGUCCUAAAAUAGCAUAUUUAUAUCUUGAAUGCUGUAAAAAUAUCACACAAUUUUUUUACCAAUUAUCAUCAUAAUUUUGCCAUGUAUUUUCACUAAUGAACUGGCUAGAUAUAAUCAGAGAGUACUGAGCAGAGGUAUUACAGUAAUAUUUAGUCCACCGUAUGUUCAACCUACAUGUGAUGUAUAUUUUGUUGGGCUACGCCAGUGGCUCUAAAAAAUUUUGUUUUUGGCGCCUGUGCCUAAUUCAGGUUUUCAUAUGUAAUGCUCUGUGUUAAAUUCUAACUAGUACACUUCGAAAUAGCGAAUACAUAAAAACAAAAUAAAAUAAAGGGUUGGGUAAAAAUAAAUAUAACACAUAUGUAGGUCACUAACCGCCAUCUAGAAACCGCAAACAGUAGUUACUCAAGUGAGUUGCUGUUUGCACCACUAUCGAAAGAUGUCACAUUGGAUUAAAAAUGGAAACAAAUUCUGAAAAUUUUGUAAUAUUUAUCCCCUGUGAGAAAGUCGCAACAACCCUUAUAGAACAAUGUGCAUCUUCGGGCGGACCAUCGUUUAAUUCACUAUUAAGGUAAUUACUAUAGACGAUUAUGGCGCCUGUUGCUCUUGCCCCACUCUCAUUGCCCUGCCCGAUGGCAAUGAGUACCCAGGGCGAUGGGGCUUAUAUUCUGGGAACCACUGGUCGCACCAAACAGACAGUGGAGAAAAUCCGUGUCACAGUUUUACCCAUGCAACAGUGGAAGGGAGGUUUGAAAAUUUGUAAUUUUUGUACAUACUAUAUAGAUGGCCCCUCUUCUCGUUUGUUUGCUCGGGUGCUAUAUGUCAUAAUUUCAUGACAUAAUUAUUUCUUAUGGCUGAACCGCGACGAGAAAGCAGAAAACUAGAGAAUGCGUGCAGUAAUAACAGAUUUCGACAUAUUUUAUAAGAUCUAAAGGGGCCAUUUAAAUCUUUAAUGAGAACAUGCUUAACAGUUUUAUGAUUUGUAAUACCCCCUCUUCCCUUCACCCAAGUUACAGCUUUUGAUAUCACUUCCAAUUUGAACCACCUUAAAUUUCACCACUAUCUUUAUUUUUACCAGUGACAGACUGGGAUAAUGUGAUCUGCAUGUUAACCUAAAUAUUAAUUGAUAUCUAUAGCAAUUACACGUCUGCAGAACAAAGUGAACGCAGAUAGCAGUAUAAUAAAUGUCAGUCUUAUACUUUUUAUCUUCAUUUCUCUACUUUUGAGGCCAGCUUAACUCGAUCCCGUACGAUGCGAGUAGUUAUACGUUAUAUAUACUGUAUGUUUGUUUAUGUACUAUUAAGAUACUGUAUUGUACGAUUUUGUCACAUUUGUGACAAUAUUGUAUGAUUUUAGGAGUUUAUGGGUAAACAGGUCUGUUAUGGUCUUAAUAUUUGUAAAAUAUAAUUAUAGUAAAUGUUUUUAGGACAGUGGCCUCACUAGUGGGGUCUAGACCAUCACAGGGUGUCCCACCCAAUGGCAAAUUUGACAGCUCGCUUGAGUCGGUUUCAUGACAUAUCUAAGUUAAAAACAAGAUCAAGGUGUCAUCAGAUCGUAUCUUGCACUAAAAACUCAGAAUGUGAUAAUGAUGCUCUAGCAAAUCAUAUGAAGGAGAUAUUUGUCAUUGAUAUAAAGACUGCAAGGAAUCAUAUUUGACAGCUUACCCUACCUAUCACACACUGUCCACAUGCCUUAGAUCAGGGAUGGCCAACCUUUUCAGCAGGCGGGCCAAAUUUCUGAAAUAGUAUUUCCUGCUGGGCCACGCACCUAAUUUUGUUGCUGUUAAUUAAAGUAAAAAAGCAAGCCUGCUACAUCUUCGACGACAUCGUCACUUCCCAUUAGGUCAUAUCAUGGUCAAACGCUUGCCAAGUUUAAUGUACAAAAAAAACAACAAAAGAAAUGGGUAUUUUUUUUCUUUUCUUUUUUUUAAAAAAUAAAAUAAAACAUAACUGAGAAUCAAAUAUAUUAAAAGUGAGACAUCUGACUUUGUUUUGCGAACUAAGUGCAUAAAAAUUGACCUUGACUGAUGUUGUCGCUACACUCAAACAGUUUUCCAAAUGAACAUCAGUAAUUCUAGUUCUCACUUGUGAUUUGAUGUGCUUCAUACUACCAAAAAGCUGUUCACAUGCAUAUGUGUUUCCAAAUAGCGAAACCAUGUAAAACGCAAGAUAUUUAUCCUUGUCCAAAUACAUUUUAUAGAACUCUUUCAAACCAAAUUGAUGGAAUUUAUCAUUUAACUGUCUAUCACAACACAUUUCACAAUGUUCCAUUUGAAAUCUUCUUGGUAAUAAAUUCAUGUCUACCCCGAAUGGUGUUGCAAAUGCACAAAAAGCACAUGGUGUUUUUUAAAAUCCAGAAAUCGGUUUUCAAACUCGAGGUGUAAGUCAGAUAUAAAAGAAGCGUAUUUAUCCGCCGCCUCCUGUGUGUCGUCUAUUUGCAAAAUCUGGUUGCAAUGACAACGAUGGAAAGUGAGUAAAUUUUUUUGUCCUCAACUGUUGUUCCCAAAGACCAAGUUUCAUUUGAAAUACAGAAAUAUGAUCAUACAUCUUAUUGAUUAAUUGAUCUUUCCCUUGUAGACGAGUAUUAACAUCAUUUAGGUGGCUAUUUAUGUCGACCAGAAAUGCAAAGUCGCAAAUAUACUCUUUGUCUUAAAACUCUGAGAUACUUACUGACUUGCAUGCGAAGAAUGAUUGUAUUUUUUGCUGCAAAUCAAACACUCUUUUCAAAAUUUUGGCAUGGGGCAGCCAUCUUACUUUUGCAUAAAAUGUAGCAUCAUUAUAAUCUGAGUCCAAAGAUUUAAUAAAUUCUUGGAACUGACGGUGAUUCAACCCGUUCGACUUAAUGAAGUUCUCAAUUUUGACGAUCACUUCAAUAGCCUUUCACUCUGGUUUACUGAAUGGUGCCCAGUCUUGACCUACCAUUUUAUGCAUGUCAUGUGAUGGGCCUCUAUGCAAUUUUACCUUGUGUUUUUUUUUUUCUUUCUUGUAACUUUUCAGCUCCCAGAGCCUAAAUCAAAACUGAGAGAGAAUAAAGAAAAUGUGAUGUCAUCAGAAGAUGGCAGUACUAACAACAACAAUGCUGCAACUAGCAGUGUUGUCAAUGGUGCCAUCAAUGAUGAAUCCAAUGUGACAGCUGACCACGUCAUUUCUAGUGAUGUCAGUAACACAAGUUUAGUGCCAUCGUUGUCAAACAGCACAGCAGAUCUUAAUGGGUCAGCAUUUGAUCAUAGCACCUCUGGGAUCCUGGAAGCCUCUACAGCCAACCAUUUAACCUCAGAUCUCCCGAAUGUUAACUCUAAUAAUUUAUCUUCAGUAAAUCCAAACAGUUUUUCUGACAACCAUUCAGACACGUCAAUGAAUGCUUCGACAACAUCUGGUGCAGCCCUUACUGUGUUAGACACUUCCACAUCUUCCAAAGUGGAUGAAUCUUUUAUAUUUGAAAAUGUCAAAUUGGGAUCAUCACCAUUACCAUCUGUAGGCUUGGCUGCCAUCCCAGGGCUAAAUGCACUUUUCAAGGAAGGGGUUGACUUUAAGUCGAGCAACAGUUUAGCAGGUCACCAAUCAGAUUCUGGCAACUCAUCGUCAGGGGCAGAGGAUUUCACCCGUUCAUUGUCCCAACUGGAUAAGUCAUCUUCUGGAGAUUCUGUAACAUUUGAUCCCAGACGACCUCUUAGUCUGCCACUUCCUCCAUCAGUUGGGGAGGAUGAGAUAGACGAAGAGGAUGAAACAGACAAUACUGAUGGUAAAAAUGCUCCUGUUGUGCCAGCCAUUGCCCAGUUGACCAGUCCAGUGUUAUCAGUCAGUGCCGAGAUGACCAGUCCCAUCAUACCUCACACUGGCCAAGUUAACAAUUAUCUCACCAGCAUGGUAUCUGAUGCUGUCAAGUAAGGUUUUAUUUCUUUGUUUUAAUAAUCAGUAGAUAAAUUAUACAUCAUUUUAAAAAAAAAAGAUUGGGAUAAAUGUAUUCAUUAUUUCUUUAAAAAAUCUAUUAUCUGAAUGAGGUCAGUAAUUUUAGUUUGCUACUUCUAAAUAAAAAUAUUCAAAUAUUGUGUUAUCUCUCUGAUAAUGCAAGCAUGUGUUUUGGGGACAUAAAAAACUUAUCCAUAUUAACUCAUUCCCUCCUGCAAUGCUACUUCUGUACUUAAUUUAUUUGCCCGAGAAAGGGGAAGUAACUCCGUUUUGCAAUUGAUUUACAUUUGUAAAAUAUUUAUUUAAGCUGCUAAAUAUUAUUUAAUGUUAAUGAAUUAAGAAAAAAUGCAACAAAAAAUGAAUAAGGUUCAAUAAAAAUAUAACUUUAGCAGGGAAAAAAUAACAAUGACCAAAAAAUAAUUUUCGCACCUUGGACAAACAUGCUGAAUUUAGACGCGCCGUACUAAAGCACAUGUAGUUUUAAAGUGAAACAAGAUAAAAACUUCAGUUUUUUAAAUUGAAAGGACGCUGAACUACACCAUCGCCAGAAGUCUCGAGGGAUGCGAGAUUUCAUUGCUAUUUUUAAAUUGAAAUGAGAGAGGUGUGUCGGGAUGCAUUUGGACGCAUCUGUUGAAAGGACGCAUUUAGUCGCAAACGUCUGGAAUGAGUUAAAAUAGUACAGAAAGUCCAACGCAGAGAAAAAUUGUCUUGAAUAUUUAGCCCAAAAUGUAAAGAACAGUAUCAUCCAAAUUUAUUUAUACUGUUUGGAUAACAUAAUGUGAACGAUUGAUGAGGUUUAAAAUUGUGAACUUUUGAAUUUUUCCAGACAAAUCACAGCUCUGGACAGACUUGCCAAUAACUAUAACUCUUCCCCCUCCACUGCCACAACCAACAGCCACCAGUCUCCCACAGCAGCCAUCAGCAUCACCACGGCAGUCAGAGACAGCAGCCGGCCAACCACAAGCCAGGAGGAUGAACCUACGGCUUUAGAGCUGACGGAAGAUGAUGAUGAAGAGUUGUUGGAAUCAAAGGUUUGUUUACAGUGAUACAUUCUUGCGUUUGGGCAGAAAAUUUGGUUUUGUGUGGCUUUGUAUAAUCAAAUAUCUAAAUAAAUAUAAUUUAUGUUGCAUUCACUAGUGAUGUUCCUUUGGAAUCCUUGUAAGAGAUGUGCUUGCAAUGGUCUACAUUAUGGUCCACACUUUAAAAAAUGUCAGUGAUCGACAUCUCUGAUGUGAUAAAAAGUAUUAUAUGAUUACUGAAACUCUUUUAUCUUAAAAAGUCAUAUGCUAUUGAUUCAAUGAGUCACAGGGUUUCACUAAAUAUAUGUUUAAAAAGUGGAAUAAUUGUAAAAUCUUAAUUCACUUACUUAUAUCUAACUUAAAAUUAUUUAAUAAUUGAUGGAAAGUACCAGCAAAUGCCAUUGUUUUAUAAUAGCACCAAAAGUGUACUGUUAGGAAAUUGUAGUUUUCUUCAAUAAAUCACUCUCCUUGUUAAAAAUACACCAGUCCCAGUGGGUGAUCGUCAAGAUUGAGAUUUUCAAAGUUUUUAACAAAAUUUCUUACAUACUAAAAGUAUAACAAAUGUUGAGAAAUAGGAUUGAAGGCCCAGCUAUAUAAAUCAAGAGACAUUUAUUUACAAAUUACCAUUUUGUUAAUUAACACAUGUUGAUGACAUUAAGGAACUUGCAGUCUUUGCUCUAAAGGUUAUCAUUUAAAUUUCAGCGUCGGGAUCUGAAUGCAAGAAUAGAAGAACUCAUGCGUCAGGAACAGGAAGGGGUUGGGUCAGAGGAAGAAGAAGAAGCUGCCUCUGCUGCUGGGGGUGUCGAGGAAGCCAUGAUGACUGUGGAAGAAGCUAAGAUGUCUCAAGAAGAGGAGGAGGAGGAGCCACUGAUAGAUGACGAUGAACUGCAUAAUUUGUUAGGGGUGUGAAGUUUAGACUUGUGUACAUAUCAUUUAUCUGCUUGCCUGGAUGGCCGUGAUAGGAGGAGAUCUACUAGACUGGUAGCGUUGUCUUUAUGUACAGACCAUUGCUUUGCAUCUGCCAGUGGAUUAUUUGAAAGUCCUAUCUUCAAAGAGACACGACCAUCUGUUGUUUAAAGUGAGACCCAGUUGCAUGUUGUUCUUAAAUAAAUAUAGAUAGAGUUUAUGCAAACCUUGACAUUUAAAGCUCAUGGGUAAUCAGAUGAAUGUUUGUGAAAGAGAACUAGUUAAGGUAUGGAUGUUCACUAAUUAGGGACAAACUCUGUAUUUAAGUACAGAACAUUCUGUGUCUAACAAAAGGAGACAAGCAAAUGGUGCAUUAUUUUUAAAAUGAAUUUUCACUUUGUGACAAGUAUCUGUAGGUCUCAUUGUUGGAAAUUAACAAUUUAUUUUUAAAAAAGUGAUUUUUGUAAGCAAUUUAUAAUGCAUCACUUUUGUCUUUCUUAUAACGAGGUUUAUUGUUGUUGUAUUAGGUAGGUUACAACUGACUGUUAACCUAACUAUUUAAGGAAGUACAAAGGAGACUGUUAUCUUUGUACUUGUUUGAAUUAGUUGUGUUGAGAUAAAUGUGACACCUUGACUAAAUAAUGGGAAAAAAUGUACUCUUACUGACUGUAGAUGAAGAUUGUGCCUCCCCUCUUUGUCACAAUAAGUAUAAGAAAAACUAUACAAAUGUUUUGUAUUGUAUUUUGUAAUGACAAGACUGGUCAAUGCCUAAACUGGUUAUUUGAUUGACCGUCAACCAUACACAUGUAAAUGACAUUGGUUUUAGAGUGGGUGUGUGAGAUAUCUUGAUACAGAUGGAUUGAGCCACUUAAGAGAUUUAUGACUUAAAUUUAAAGUUGAAAAGGCCCUGCUCAAAUUUGUCAGAUUGAUUCUGUAAAAUAUCUUCUUCGUUUCCUUCUUUGCUUUGCACAUAUAUCUCAUGUUGUGAGAAAUAUAGUUUGUAAUUGUUUUGUAGAAUUAAAAGUCAAAUACUUUCAUCUCUAUUGUAGUUGUAGUAUCAGUUCUGUUGUUAAACUGUUCUGUUGUGUGUUUGUAACUACCAGUUGGUUACAGUGGCUGGAGAAAUCUGAUAAUGUCUAGGCAGUUAUAGUGACUGAAGAAUACUGAUGAUAUCUGGGCAGUGAUAGUGACAGGAGAAAUCUGAUAUCUUGGCAGUGAUAGUGACAGGAGAAUACUGAUGAUGUCUAGGCAGUGAUGUGACAGGAGAAAUCUGAUAUCUUCGCAGUGAUAGUGACAGGAGAAUACUGAUGAUGUCUAGGCAGUGAUGUGACAGGAGAAUACUGAUGAUAUCUAGGCAGUGGUAGUGACAGGAGAAUACUGAUGAUAUCUAGGCAGUAAUAGUGACAGGAGAAUACUGAUGAUAUCUAGGCAGUGGUAUUGACAGAAUACUGAUAUCUAGGCAGUGGUAGUGACAGGAGAAUACUGAUGUCUCGGCAGUGAUAGUGACAGGAGAAUACUGAUGAUAUCUAGGCAGUGGUAGUGACAGCAGAAUACUUAUGAUGUCUAGGCAGUGAUAGUGACUGGAGAAUACUGAUGAUGUCUAGGCAGUGGUAGAGGUAAAUUUGGAUAACAGAAAAUGUGUUCAAGGGGAGUUCACUCUAGGACUGUUGAACCCUUAUAGCUAUACAUUGGACAUGUAUUAUAAUCUUUGAAAUCUGAUUCUUUGUCCACAUUUUUGUAACAGAUAAAAAUAAAAAUUUCAUAAAGCUCCAGCUUACGUAAUUAUAAUAGUUUGAAUGUUCAUAAGCUCCAGGUUAUGUAAUUCCAAUGGUUUGAAUGUUCAUAACUUCCAGGUUAUGUAAUUAUAAUGGUUUGUAUGUUCAUAAGCUCCAGGUUAUGUAAUGUUUUGUAUAUUCAUAAGCUCCAGGUUAUGUAAUGUUUUGUAUAUUCAUAAGCUCCAGGUUAUGUAAUGUUUUGUAU